UUGCCUGCUUAGUGGCUCACUAGACGAACAGACAGACGAACUUAAGUGGUGGAACUGAUAGCACCGAAAUACACAGGAAAAGUCAGCUAAUACCAAAUCACACAGAAAUUUAAUCGUCGCGAUGAAUUUGCACAAUCUUAUCAUUGACACUAAGUAUGGACCAGUUCGUGGAACCACUAGAACAUCUCUCCUGGGACAAGAAUAUCUGAGCUUCCAAGGCAUCCCGUACGCAAAGGCACCGAUCGGAGAGCUAAGAUUCAAGCCUCCAGUGGCGCCAGAAAAAUGGAUCAACCCGUUGGAUUGCACUCAGCAAAGCCUCCCAUGCUACCACUUUGAUCGCCGUAUUAACGAAAUUGUUGGAAGCGAAGACAGCCUCAAGAUCAACGUGUUCACGAAAACCAUCAACCCACUGAAACCACUUCCUGUGAUGGUCUAUAUUUACGGAGGUGGUUUUACCGAGGGCACUAGUGGAACCGAACUGUAUGGUCCUGAUUUCCUGAUGCAGAAAGAUGUCAUUUUGGUCAACUUCAACUACCGUACCGGAGCGUUAGGCUUUUUGUGCUGCCAAUCUCCAGAAGAUGGAGUUCCCGGAAAUGCCGGUUUGAAGGACCAAAACAUGGCCCUGAAGUGGGUUAAGGACAAUAUUGCUUCAUUUGGUGGUGAUCCUGAAACCAUCACGUUAUUCGGGCACAGCGCCGGUGCGUGCUCUGUUCAAUAUCAUCUUAUCUCGAAGGCUUCUGAAGGGCUGUUUAAACGUGCAAUCAUUAUGUCCGGAAGCACCUAUUGCAGCUGGGGAUUGUCUCCACAGCGAAACUGGGUAGAAAAGUUAGCUAAAGCCGUUGGAUGGAACGGAAGUGGCAAAGAAAUGGAUGCGCUCAAAUACUUGCGAAUUGUUAAGCCAGAGGACAUUAUCAAUAACCAGGAGAAACUGAUGGGUCCAGAAGAUAUUAGGGACGGUAUUUUCAUUCCUUUCGGACCGACCAUUGAACCGUACGCCACUGAAGGAUCUAUGAUUCCCCAAGACCCAAUGGUAAUGAGUCGAGAAGCCUGGGGCAAUAAGAUCGAUGUAAUGGUAGGAGGCACAUCUGAAGAAGGCCUAUUAAUGAUGCAAAAGAUAAAACUUCAUCCGGAGGUUUUGAGUAAUCCGCAUUUAUUUGUAGGAAAUGUGCCUCCUAAUUUGGGCCUUACUGCAGAACAAAGAAUUGGAUUUGCAGCAAAAUUGAAGGAGUUAUACUAUCCGGAUAGUGAACCGUCGAUGGAGAAUUUUGGUGGAUACGUUAACAUGAUGACCGAUUGCGCAUUCUGGCAUGGCUUACAUCGAACUAUUCUUGCCAGAACAAAUAGUGGCUCAUCUGCACGAACAUUCGUGUAUCGAUUCUGUGUCGAUUCGGAACAUUUCAAUCAUUAUCGUAUCAUGAUGAUAGAUCCAACUUACCGUGGAACAGCACACGCUGACGAGAUGUCUUAUUUGUUUUCCAACUUUACCCAAAGCGUUCCUGCUGAAGACAGCUUUGAGUAUCGCGCGUUGCAGACUAUGGUUGAUAUAUUCACAUCGUUUGCUAUCAAAGGAGACCCAAACUGCGAAUACACCAAGGAAUUACAAUGGGAACCAGUGAAAGAAACCAAACCUACAUUCAAGUGCAUCAACAUAACUAAUGAUGGUAUUGCCUUCGUUGACUUUCCAGACUUCAAGCGCAUCGAACUGUGGGACUCAAUGUUUAUUAAUGAUAGUUUGGUUUAAAAUUGAAAUAUGUAUCAGCUCUAUCACAGACAAACAGACUAUACACUCUCGUCGCUUUCCAUCGUCCAUAUUUUCAACGAUCGAUUCAAAAAAUUGUAGGUAGUAAAACCGCUAUACACACUACUAUUUU